CUCAACUCCCCGCACGCGGGCCGCAGCGGCGCGGGGCGACCCCUCCCGCCCGGGCGUCGGCGCGGGGCUGGCGUAGCGCCUGCGUCAGCUGCAGCCCGCCGGCGAUUGGGGCACACUCGCCUCCUUCGGUUUGGGGCCAAUUAUAAAGUGACUCCAGCCUCGGCUGGCCCCGGGACAGCGAGGCAGGCGUUUCGAGCCCCGCAGCGCGGCCCGUGGCCCGCGACGAGUGGUGUCUGGAACCCGUUUUUCCAACCCGCCGGCUCCAUUCGAAGAGCGUCAGCUUAAGGACAGGUUCCGCGUUUGGACCGGCUGCGAGCGCGCGUCCUUCUCUCUCUUCAGUCCAUGGCGCGGUUCCUGAGACUUUGCACUUGGCUGCUGGCUCUCAGCCCCGGGCUCCUGGCGACCGUGAGAGCAGAAUGCAGCCAGGACUGCGCGACUUGCAGCUACCGCCUGGUGCGCCCGGGGGACAUCAACUUCCUGGCUUGCACGCUGGAGUGUGAAGGGCAGCUGCCUUCUCUCAAAAUCUGGGAAACCUGCAAGGAUCUACUGCAGGCCACCCAGCCCGAGCUUCCCCAGGAGGGAGCCAGCUCCCUCCGAGAAGGCAGCCGACAGGAUGACGGCCACUGGCUGGCCAAGAAGUAUGGAGGCUUCAUGAAGAGGUAUGGGGGCUUCAUGAAGAAAACGGAUGAGUUUUAUCCCUUGGAGCCGGAAGGCGAGACCAACACAGGCGAGAUGCUGGGCAAGAGGUAUGGGGGCUUCAUGAAGAAGAACGCGGACGAGGAGGAGACCCUGGCCAAUUCCUCGAACCUCCUGAAGGAGCUGCUGGCCACAGGCGACAGCCACGACAGUGGCCACCAGCACGAGGGCGGCGACCGCGAAGAAGAGGUGAGCAAGAGGUAUGGGGGCUUCAUGCGGGGCGUGAAGAGAAGCCCCGCAGUGGAAGACGAGACCAAGGAGCUGCAGAAGCGUUACGGCGGUUUCAUGCGCAGGGUGGGCCGCCCCGAGUGGUGGCUGGACUACCAGAAGCGCUACGGGGGCUUCCUCAAGCGCUUCGCCGAGGCCCUGCCCUCGGACGAAGAAGGUGAGGCUUAUUCCAAAGAGGUCCCCGAGAUGGAAAAGCGAUAUGGAGGGUUCAUGCGAUUUUAACACCCUUUUCCUGUGGGUGACCCCAGCCUCUUCCCACCCUCAUCCCUACCCGCGCCCGAGCUCCCCUCUUCCCGCCUGGGAAGCCACCUCGUGGAUCGUGUGGUGUUAUCAUGUGUUGCUUGUUCCCUGUGUUUGCCUUGUCUGGCUACCUCUGCCGUCCGACCAUUGACAUUGGCCGUGCUGGCUUUUCCCCAAGGUCUUCAAGCUUGGCUUUUGUCUCUCGCUCUCUUGUUUUUCCUGUCAAAAUAGUUCUGUUACUCUGUUCCUUGUUUUUGAUCAACCUCACUCAAUGCUUCCUUGUAUAUAAACCUAAUAAACUUGUUACCCCAACGGCAUAA